AUGGCGGCUUCGCGAUUCCAGACGGAGAUGUACGCGGCGGAGAAACUUGUGGAAAGUGCCGGCACCGUUCUAUUCCGGCUCUCGACUCGCGAGGUCUGCAUCCUCCGUCUACUCCAUCGUGACGAAUACAUCCUCCCCAAGGGCCGUCGCAACCUGAGGGAGUCCCGCCCAGUCACUGCGAUUCGCGAAACUACUGAAGAGACCGGUAUACCUUGCCGCUUGUUGCCUGUCAACUUGAUUUCACGUGUCUGCCCCGCUAUCGAGACAGAGGAUCUCCCGGAUGAGGCACGCUUGUUCAAAGGUUGCUGUGAGCCUAUCGUAAUGCAGAUACGACAUAUCGGAGAGAAUGAAAUUAAACUGAUUUGGUGGUUUGUGGCUGCCGUCAAUGAGGACGAGCCUGUCGGCCAACACGAGCAUAAGUUUGAGGUGGAAUUUCACAGCUAUGACGAGGUUUUAGAGAAAUUGACAUUCAAGGAUGACCGCGAGCUGGUCAAGAAGGCAAUUGAGCUGGUCAAGUCCUCAGGAGGCUGCGAAGGUGCCAUUGUUGCCAAGUCACAAAUCGGCCUCUUCUGCAAUCAGCUCUACACCUCUCUCACGCUUCAACUAGUCAUUUGUUUUCAAUUCCUCUUGCGUCACAAGCGACCUACUAAGAUGCUUGCUAUCAUCCACUUCAACAAACCCCACCUGAAACUUAUCCCCGAGCCACAACCUGAGCAACUGCGUAACCCUGGAGCGAUGCAAGAUUUCUAUGGUGAUUACUCGAAGCCAGAAGUGGGCUUUCGCAAAGCUUCCAAGUUCGUGAAAGCGGUGUAA